AUUGCAGAGAAGCAGAGCUAAAAUGGGCGUCUUGUAGAAACAGGUUUUUGUGUUUGUCUCUUGUGCACGGACGGCCAGCAUGGUGUCUGGGAAGAAGGUUAAGUUGGCGCUGUUGGAGGUCCUGCAACUGGCUGGACUGAGCGUACCUGUACUGGUGGUGAUGGAGCGCUUCGCCUCCCUCGUUUCCCAGCUGAAGAGUGAGGAGCAGCCACCCGAAGACCACAGUACCGCGUAUUGGCUGAUCGUCGCCGCCUCCAUCGCCUACGUCGCCUCAGUGACCCUGCUGGUCUGGCUUCCUGCAAAGUGUCUACUGUACCGCCGCUCAGGACCUUUCUGUGAGAGGACCACCUGGAGACCGGUGACCCUGGCGUAUGUCAUCCUGUCUACUCUACCAUGCUUCGCCUUUCUCAUCGCCAGCUCCCAGGUGCAGGUUCAUAUUAACAAACUGUAUGACAGCUUUUGUGAGCUCCCGGCAUCCCUGGUCCUGCUGUCCCUGAUCGCUGUCGAUAUCGUGGAGAGGAUUCGGCCCUGCCGGCUCACGGGGUCAGAUGAUUUGCUGAUGGACACUUGUUUCCUCUGCCCCAUGGUAACGCCCCUGGAGCAAGUUUCCACGGUGACAGGCCAGCUCGGCGCCCCUGGAGACCGGAGCUGGGCUGGAGGUGGACCUGGAGCCAAUGAAUGGGCGGCUGCCCACAGUCUGGCCACCGGGCGGCUGAGCUCCGCGGCUGCCAGCGAGGCCUGCUGGGAGGGACCUCUGGGGUGGCUCUGCGCGGCAGACCUGCGUGCCAAUAUCGUCGUCCAAGGCUUUCUGUUUUGGCUCGACUCUGCCGAGAUGCUGAGGGUGGCGGCCUUGCCCCCCGUCUACCUGUCCGGCUGGGUCUUCCCUAUUUACAUCAUCAGCUACCUGUCGUCCCUACGUGUCGUGGCGGCUCCGCAGAGCCCCUGCCUGUCAGCUAUGGGCGUCUGGCUGCAGGACCUGCCCUACCUCAUCCUGCGGGUCAGCCUGACCGCCACCUUCGGCCUGCUCAGCCCCGUGCUUUACCUGGUGAAGAACCUUCUGGUGACUUUGACCUUCAUAUACUUCAAUUAUAUCACCAAGCUUAAAAUCUUCAACACGGGACGCAUGUUCUGAUCCUCCCUGGGGAGGAGGGGCCUAUUUUGAGUGCAGAGCAAACUUGCGGUGGUCAGUCUGGGUGAUGAUUCCUCUUUUUGUAUUUGGUUUGUUUUGUUCAGAAUAUGCUGUAUACUCAGGGGUAUAGG